GAUGCCCAGUGUCUCUCUCUCACUGAUAUCCCAAUCAUCUCUGGCUCCCGGAACAUUCUGUCAUCUUUAUUCGCUCUUCUUCAUCUGCCAAGUCACUGUUGACCAUAGUCGGGAGUUAUAUAAGCGGACAGUCGGCUCGGGACCUGCUUUGGCGAGAGAGGAAUGUCUUCAGUCUUGGAUAAGUACUGUGGCUCCACCUUUUGGAAUGCCUCGUACCUGGAGCGACCGGACCCUGACCUGCCGGUGUGCCUGGAGCAGACAGUCCUUGUGUGGAUUCCCCUCGGCCUCCUCUGGCUCUCUGGGCCCUGGCUCCUCCGGCACUUGUUCCCAUUGAGGAACUCCGUGGUUGGUUUCUCCACACUCUACAAAGUCAAACAGCUGUUGGUAUCUCUGCUGGUGCUGUGCUCAGUCCUGGGGCUGAUUGUUUCACUGCUGGAAGAUUUUGGGGGCCUGAAAGACCCCAUCCCCGGAGAGCUGAACCCCACCGUUCUCUAUGUGAACCCCUGCAUCUACACAGUGUCUUGGCUCCUGGUGUUACUAAUCCACGAGAGCACCAGACGUGGGGAGGCCAAGGACUCCGGUUUCCUCUUCAUCUUCUGGCUGCUGUGUGUCCUUUGUGGAGUCUUCACUCUCCAGACUAUCAUCAGAAUGGCCAUCGAUCAGGGUGAAGUGACUGACCUGCCUCGAUUCUCCUUGUUCCUUAUCUCCUAUGCUCUCGAGACGGCCUCCCUCGUCAUCGGCUCCAUAUCUGACGUCCCCCCAGAGACCAAGGCGGCCGGCAAGGAGAACCCGGAGUUGAUGGCCUCUUUCCUCAGCAGAGUGACAUAUAGCUGGUUUGACAGGAUGAUGGUGAGAGGCUACAGGAAGCCGCUGGAGACUAGCCACCUGUGGGAGCUGAACCAGGCGGACACCACACAGAAAAUCCACGCUGAGUUCGAGCGUCAAAUGACCCGGGAGCUAAGGAAGGCUCAGGCGAAGAUGGAAACAAAGCGAAGAGGAGCGAGUGGUGAUGGCAGUGGACAGCUGAACGGACUGAGGAAGGGCGCCAGCCAGGACGUGCUGGUCAUGGAAGAAAAGAGGAAGAAAGGGAAGGAGAAAAGGAAGGAGAAAGGGAAGGAGAAAGGGAAGGAGAAAGGGGUGAAGGCAGAAGACUCAGAGUUGCGGACGGUAAAGGGGUGGCUGGUGCUCACUCUGUUGAAGACCUAUCGAGGAAUCCUGCUCAAGGCGGCCAUCUUCAAACUGCUGCACGACGUCAUGAUCUUUAUCAACCCCCAGCUCCUCAAGCUGUUGGUGACCUUCACUGAGGACAAGGCUCAGUACGAAUGGAGAGGGUAUCUGUACGCAGUGCUGCUGUUCGUCACAGCUGUGCUCCAGUCGCUGCUCCUCCAGCAAUACUUCAGCAACUGCUUCCUGCUGGGAAUGAGGGUCCGCACCGCCAUCACAGCCGCUGUGUACAAGAAGGCUCUUGUUGUUUCCAACGCUGUCCGCAAGGAGUCCACAGUGGGUGAGAUCGUCAACCUGAUGUCUGCGGACGCCCAGCGCUUCAAUGAUGUCACCAACUUCAUCCACCUGCUGUGGGGGGCCCCGCUGCAGAUCAUGGUGUCUUUGAUCUUCCUGUGGCAGGAGCUGGGCCCCUCAGUGCUGGCCGGCAUGGGGGUCAUAGUGCUGCUCAUCCCCAUCAACGGCAUGCUGGCCAUCAGGACCAAGAGACUGCAGACGCAGAACAUGAAACGUAAAGAUACCAGGAUGAAAUUAAUGACCGAAAUCCUCAAUGGGAUGAAGAUCCUGAAGUUCUACGCCUGGGAGCCGUCCUUUGAGGAUCAGGUGCUCGGCAUUCGCAAUAAAGAGCUGCGGGCGAUGAAGAAAUCCUCCUACAUCUUCUCCGUCUCCAUCCUCCUCUUCACCUGCACCCCAUUCUUGAUCUCUCUGGUCAGCUUUGCCGUCUACGUGGCGGUGGACCCCCGGAAUAUUCUAGAUGCUCAGAAGGCCUUCACCUCCAUCGCACUGUUCAACAUCCUGCGCUUCCCCAUUGGCAUGCUGCCUAUGGUCAUCUCCUCCAUGGUGCAGGCCAAUGUCUCCUGCAAGCGACUGGAGAAGUUCCUCUCAGGCAAGGACGCGGACAACUCUGCAAUCCUUCGGGACCCCAGCCGCGAUGCGGCAAUCAGCCUGACAGAAGCCACCUUCACCUGGGCCAUUGGUGAGGAGCCGGCCGUCAGAGAUGUCAACCUGGAGAUCCGCCCAGGGAGCCUGGUGGCUGUGGUGGGGCCGGUCGGCUGUGGGAAGUCUUCACUGGUGUCGGCCAUCCUGGGCGAGAUGGAGAACAUCAGUGGCUUCAUCAACAUCAAGGGCUCAGUGGCUUACGUGCCCCAGCAGGCCUGGGUUCUCAACGACACUCUGCGUGGGAACGUUCUGUUUGGGAAGGAGCUGGAGGAGGCUCGGUACCAGAAGGUGCUGGAGGCCUGUGCCCUGCUCCCCGACCUGGACCUGCUACCGGGCGGUGACCAGACCGAGAUCGGAGAGAAGGGUAUUAAUCUGAGUGGAGGACAGAAGCAGAGGGUCAGCCUGGCCAGAGCAGUCUACAGCAUGGCCGACAUCAUCAUCCUGGACGACCCGCUCUCCGCAGUGGACGCUCACGUUGGCAAACACAUCUUCAACCGUGUGAUCGGGCCCAGAGGACUCCUGCAGCACAGAACACGGGUGCUGGUGACGCAUGGCUUGACCUUCCUGCCACAUGUUGACCAGAUUGUGGUGCUGGAGGCUGGGGCUGUGUCUGAAGUCGGCACAUUCGCAGCACUCAGGGUCAGCCACGGGGCCUUUGCCAACUUCCUGGUCACCUACAGCGGGCAGAGCAGCUCCGAGGAGGGUGAGGCCACAGUCAGUGCAGUGACAGCAGAUGAUGUGCUGAUGGUUGACGACCAGGAGUCACAGAUGGACGAAUACCCUGAUGACGUAGUGACGGCAACGCUUAAACGGGAGAACAGUCAGCGGGCACGUCAGUGGAACAGACAGGGCAGUAAGAACAAAGCCGGCACAUUGCUGAGGAACUCUGUGAGGAGCAACAUGUCUGCGAGAGCGGACGGCAGAUCCGCCCAGGUGGUGAAGGGGCAGCGACUGAUCGAGAAGGAGACCAUGGAAACAGGCCAGGUGAGGUUUGCAGUAUACCUGCAGUACCUGCGGUCUGUGGGCUGGCUGUUCUGUCUGCUCAUUUCACUGAUGUACGUAGCUCAGAAUGUGGCUGCCAUCGGCCAGAACCUGUGGCUCAGCGACUGGACCAACGAUGCCAUCACCUACUUCAACCAGACCUACCCCACUACCAAGCGGGACCAGCGAAUCGCCGUCUUUGGAGCGCUGGGCAUUGCUCAGGGUGUCUUCGUGUUCCUGGCAGCGUUCUUCAUGACAAUAGCGACCAUCGCAGCCUCUAGAUCCCUGCACGCUUCCUUGCUCCAGAACAUUCUACGGGCACCCAUGGUUUUCUUCGAUACCACGCCCACCGGGAGGAUCAUCAACCGGUUCGCCAAGGACAUUUACACGAUUGAUGAGGUGAUCGGAAUGUCCUUCCGCUCCUGGUUGUCCUGUAUGUUUGGCGUCCUGAGCACGGUGUUCGUGAUCUGCCUUGCCACUCCGUACUUCACAGCCAUUGUUGUCCCUCUCGCCGUAUUUUAUUACUUCAUACAGCGUUUCUAUGUGUGUACCUCGCGGCAGCUGAGGCGUCUGGACUCUGUCACAAGGUCUCCCAUCUACUCCCACUUUGGGGAGACAGUGGCCGGGCUGUCCGUGAUCCGUGCCUAUGGUCAUCAGCAACGCUUCCUCAAACACAAUGAAACCAUCCUGGAUAAAAAUCAGAAGUGUGUUUAUCCCUGGAUUAUCUCCAACAGAUGGCUGGCGAUCCGGCUGGAAUUGGUUGGGAAUCUGGUGGUGUUCUUCUCCGCACUGUUUGCCGUCAUCGCCAGAGACAAGCUGGACAGUGGGCUGGUGGGGCUCUCCAUCUCCUACGCACUGAAUGUGACACAGGUCCUGAACUGGCUGGUCAGACAGACUGCGGAGCUGGAGACCAACAUUGUGUCUGUGGAGAGAGUGUCGGAGUACACUAGGAUGCAGAAUGAGGGGGCCUGGGUGUCAGACUGUCGGCCUCCCCAGGGUUGGCCGGUGGAGGGGAGGAUCCAGUUUGUUGACUAUAAGGCUCGUUACCGUCCUGAACUAGAGCUCGUUCUUCACGGCCUGAGCAGUUCCAUCGCCAGCAACGAGAAGAUUGGGAUUGUGGGCAGGACGGGCGCUGGGAAGUCCUCGCUGACCAAUUGCCUUUUCCGUAUUAUCGAGUCCGCGGGCGGCCAGAUCCUGAUUGAUGGGCUGGACAUCGCCACCAUUGGCUUACACGAUCUCAGGCACAGACUCACAAUCAUCCCCCAGGACCCGGUGCUGUUCUCUGGCUCACUCAGGAUGAACCUUGACCCCUUUGAGCGUUAUGGGGACCAGCAAGUGUGGCAGGCGCUGGAGCUCGCUCACCUCAAACAGUAUGUCAGCACCUUACCCUCCCAGCUCCAACACCAGGUCAGCGAGAGCGGAGAGAACCUCAGUGUGGGGCAGCGCCAGCUGCUGUGUCUCGCCCGCGCCCUCCUCCGCAAAUCCCGUAUCCUGAUCCUGGACGAGGCCACGGCCGCUGUGGACCUGGAGACGGACAAUCUCAUUCAGAUAACUAUCCGGACCGAGUUUGCCGACUGCACCGUGCUCACCAUCGCACAUCGACUGCACACCAUCAUGGACAGCACCAGGGUGAUGGUGCUGGACGCUGGCAUGAUCGUUGAGUUUGACUCCCCCGAGGCUCUGCUCCAGCAAAGAAGCCAUUUCUACCGUAUGGUGUGUGACGCGGGACUGAUGUCGCAGGAGAACACAGCGCUGUGACACCGGGGCCAACAGAGGCUGCCCAUUGGCAGCUCUUACUUCCCCCCACCCCAACAACCCUCACUCCCAGAGACUGACAGUGAGGAGGGAUGGGGAGGUGUUGGGUUUGAGCGGCUGCUGGUCGGUCACAGAGCUGGUGGUUACACCUGUGAGGUGAUGAAGAGGCUCUGAGCGGCCAGUGUGGACGGUGAUGUUCUGAUGUCUUGCUGCAGUGCCUGGCUGGACUCAGGAGGAACAAUACUGGUCUUGAGGGAGUGCCUCACUACCAGCCUGGCCGGGAGCACGCAGGGCCUGGCAAUGCUGUAUGUCUAAUAAAUAAUAAUAAUUCUUGCA